ACUACUUACUACUGCUCUCUCAAAGAAAAUGUCUCCUUCUUCUUCUUCUGCUUCUCAAAAUAAUUGCAGUAUUAAAAUAUCGGUAAGUAUUUUGUUUGCGAUAUUAUUAAUAUUGUGUGCAGGUGCAGGAUAUGGUGAAGCUCAGCUGACCACUACGUUUUAUGAUGAAGUCUGCCCAUGCGCCAUAACCACUGUGCGUGGUGUCAUUCUAGACGCUUUGCAGACAGAUCCCCGGAUUGCUGCCAGCCUCACCAGGCUUCACUUCCAUGACUGCUUCGUCAACGGUUGUGAUGGAUCAAUCUUGUUGGACAACAGUAGCAGCACUUCGAGUACCAUAGACAGCGAGAAAGCAGCAUUUGCAAAUAACAACUCAGCCAGAGGAUUUGAUGUUGUGGACAACAUCAAGACCGCAUUGGAGACUGCUUGUCCCGGGGUUGUUUCCUGUGCUGAUAUUCUCGCCAUUGCAGCUGAAGAAUCUGUUUCUUUGUCUGGAGGCCCCUCAUGGACAGUUCUAUUAGGAAGAAGGGAUAGCACAACAGCGAAUCGAACGGCGGCCAACGAAGCCCUUCCAGCUCCCUCUUUCACCCUUGACGAACUCAAGGCCAGCUUCGCAGCUAUAGGCCUCGACACCACUGAUCUGGUUGCACUAUCCGGUGCUCACACAUUUGGGCGUGCUAAAUGUCAAUCUUUCAGCAAUCGACUGUAUGACUUCAACAGCACAGGCCUUCCUGAUCCGACCUUAAACUCAACCUACUUAGAAACACUGAGAGAGUUAUGCCCCCAGAACGGGAAUGCGAGUGUGCUAGCUAACUUUGAUCCUUCAACACCUAACACUUUCGACGGCAAGUAUUUCUCUAAUCUUCAAGUUCGUAAGGGCCUUCUCCAAAGCGAUCAAGAGCUGUUUUCGACCAGCGGGGCUGAUACGAUCAACAUUGUUAACAACUUCAGCGUUAAUCAGAGCGCCUUCUUUGAGAGCUUUGUGAAAUCCAUGAUUAAAAUGGGGAAUAUAAGCCCUCUGACCGGAACUGAUGGAGAGAUUCGAUUGAACUGCAGGAGGGUUAAUGGAGAAUCAUCUGCUACUUUGAUAGCGGAGUAUUAAUAAAAAGUUAUGGCUAUGUAAAACUAAUAAAGCUUUACGCCUGAUACGAUGAUGAUCAUGGCUACAAGUUCAUGUUCAAGCUUAUAUGGCUACGAGCUCAUCUCUUUCUAUGAAAUUUCUUGAAUAAAGCUAUGACAUGAUUUACAA